AUGAUCAUUUACAAAGUGCACAAUAGCAAAAAUUUUUUCCGGGUUGCGAGUAUAAAAUUCCUUGAUUUGGGCCAGUUGAGCCAACUAGGAUCUGCACAAUCCAAGAGAGGUAAAUCCAAGAAGGUUUUUCUCAGAAGGCUUCAGAGUUUGCGGGUAAGGUUGUUCUUGUAAGCACUUUUUCGAUAACGACACAUUUCUUAUUUGAGUUUGAAUGGUAUCUAGGCUAGAUCACUGCAGUAUUUGACAAAUUCUUUAUACGUAACUUCAAAGCUUGACUUUUGAUACAGAUUACAGAUACGCGGCCAUUAUCCACCUUGUUAGCCGCUUUCCGAAAUAGCUGGAGAUACUGUUCUCUAGAAAAUUAAAAAAAAAGAAUUCUACAUUCACGGCCUAUUAAAACCUUAUUUCUGCAGGCAAGCAAAAAAAAGUUUGCAAGUAGGUACUAUUAGCAUUCAAUCACUGGAUAUGGGUUCCAAGUUAUUUCGAUUUGUUUUUCUUGGACACAAUAAUGGCCUAUACGCGAUUUAAUUAAUGUAACAAAAGUAAAAUAACGUUUUCAGUCAAAAAAACUAUCUCAUCUAAUAGUUUUUCAGGUCUAUACGAAAACUACGGAGCGUUUUGCCAAGUAACUUGUUUAUGUAUGACGGGCAUUAAAAUGAAAGAUCCUUGUGAAGAAUGAGAAACAAAACUUAAAAGUAUCAGUUCUGCGUCCCAUACUACGCGCUGUAUAUGUAGUAUUAUAGCAAAAUGCUUUCAUUUUGAAAUGAACUUCAGGUUGUGGUUUACGUAAUGCUGAUUAUUUAAACUCGUAUUAACGGUGAGGUAAUACAAACAAAAGUAUUCAUGUCUUUUUUUCUCUUUUUUUCGUCUGUUAGUACAGAACAUUGUUUUACCGGUUGUUAUUGUUUUUCAUAGUAAUGCACAAUAUCAUCAGUUGAUGAGGACUGGUAAAAUGACUUUUCAAGCCUUUAGUGUGUUAAACUGACCCUUAAAGCUUAAGAAGGCAGUUGAAAUGCUGAUGUUACUGAUGACCGCGUUUGAGUAUUAUGAUGUUACAUUUUGUGAAUUCAUGAAUGUUAAGAAUCCUGAAGUUUUCCUAUCUAGUGCAUGAUCGUCCAAUUUCUUGGGCCUUCGUUACCGAUCUUCAGGGUCAAAGAAUUCAUAAUACACUGAGGUUGAAGAAACUUAUCGAAAUCAUUUUUCCUUUUUUCUCGAGAGUGCCAUUGGCAUAUUCCCUAAGGCCAUCCAAUAUUAGAACCGUUCUUAUAUCAUCUAUUCAACGUGUGCUUCAAAGCAUAACAGUGACUAACUUAUGAUAAAGAGUUCUGCUCACUGAGGCGUUAAGCGUUAUCACCACGGAUACAGAUAUCAAUACACUUUCAAAGAAAUGAAAUGGGGGUGGGAAUGACGACACGAAAUAAGCCCUGGAGUCAAGUCUACUGCCUAAUGCAAAAAUUAUGAAAUUUAUCUUAAACAAUACCAUAGGUAGAAAUAUCCUGAAAAAUUAAUCUAGACUGAGUCAAUUUCGGGGCCUUGCCUGAAAGCGAAUGUCUGUAAAAGGAUACAUGUGCAGGGGAAAGCAGAUACUUUCUCUUUUGCUAAUAUAUUGUAGUAUUUCACAUGCUUAUUCAAACCACCACAAGGCGUAAAAUAAACACCUAACGAGUGGCUGACCCACCGUUUUUCAGUUUAUGCACUUUCAAUCUCUGACUGGCAUUUUUAAGGUUGUAUAUAUCCCAUGAUUUUGGCGUAAAAUAUGUUUCGCGAACCUGAGCUGCUAUACUGAAAUGACAUAUUUGUUCGGCCUCGUUUUCAGCGUUUUAUAGUUUUCCAUCCUUUUAAUUUGCGGUCGCUGCGUACGAUUUAACUCGCUCUCCACAUCUGAACACCUGAAACAGGCUAACAUCAUGGCGUAAAUGAUCAAUACCAUCUGAACUCGAGUCUGCCGUGGAAAUAUUUUACAAACAAGAUAUUAAAUAUGCCUUUCUCGAACGCUUGUCUAGUAGUUUUAAGCGUAGUUUCCUGAAUUUUAACAAAGACGUCAAAUCAAGUCUAAAUCACACAACCUCCGGCGGUGAAUUCAUGCAAUGAAUUAAAACAGUGGAAACUGUUAACCGAGCGGUUUAUAAAAUAAGAUCAAUAUUAAUCGGCAAAAUCAGUCAAAUGCAAGAACCCCGAAUGGCCUCGAUAUCGAUCUGUAGACUAUUUCAUAAGUUUUCGCUUUUAGGCAGGAUAAUCACCAUUUCACCUUCUCGUAACUUCCAAGAGUGUACAGUGUAAACUUAACUGAUAUGAUGUUAUGCAAGCUUAAACAUGGUCCUGGCUUAGAAGUUUUCAGGAGGUGGAUAUAGCUUAUCUCUGGAUAAGGAUCUUAUUCAUUCUCAAGUAGUUUAAGGCCUGGGACUAAGAGGUUUACCUGUGGACUCUGAUUUAGUGGCUAUAACUUCGGCACCGAUUAUGAAGCUCUCUUGAAGCCACAUCAAAAUUUGGCACACAUAAAGAACUCACCUUCCUUAGCAUUUUAAAAUAUAAAUAUCGUGUUAAUUAAACACGUGAUAUGUCACGUGACCAUUUUUAUCAAAAGUUGUAAAUUAUUGACCAAUUGGUGGCCGUUUUAAGAAAAGAAAUCCCGCAACAAAUUAGUAUGCUUAAACAUUUUAGAGUGCUGAAAAUGCACGUACACUUGAAACAGAAUCUUUUUUAUUUGUAAAUACAUAACAUGCAGACUGUAAACAAAUGCAAGUGGGAUAAUUCACAAUUACAUUUUGUUUUCUUUAUUUCCUAAUUUUGCAUUAUUGUCUGAUUAGUAUUCAUAUUUUCGAUUAUCCGGACUCUCGAUUAUCCGGACUGUUGACUCAAGUCCAAACGAGUCCGGAUAAUCGAGGUUCGACUGUAUCUUUUUCCUCUUUCAGAAAUGCUACUUUGUUUAUCCAACCAAAGUAAAUUCGCACCAAUUUACAAAUUUCCUUCAUUUUCAAUUUUUAGUCACUUGACAUGUCACCAUAAUUAAACGUUGGGGCCCAAAAAAAAAUUCGGUUCUCCUAGCAAGAGUUAUUGCCAUCAUUCAUAUGAUCCGACCACACAUUUGACUCAGGCCUUAAAAUUCCUUGAGUAUUUGCUUAUUGAAAAUAUAAAAAGUGAAUACGAAAUAAAACAUGUAGAAAUUAAGAGUAUGAAAAAGGUGAAUUUUAUUUAUUUUGAAAACUUUUACAAAUCUUUUUCCGUCCAGGACCAAAAUCUGAAUCAUUAUCAAACACCUGAUCAAAAACAAUAUUUUGGCGCCAUAUUUGCAUCAAUAUCAUUAAAAUACUAACUUAAAAAUAAUUCAAUUGUUUUUCAAGUCAACCAUGACAAGACGCUUACUGGUCAGUUUGGUUUUCCUGCUGGCCAUAGACUUGGUUUCAGCGUACGUCAUUGAGGAUACAUAUUCUGGCGCGGAAGAAGUAUUAGAUGCUAUUUCUAAUCUGGAAGACGUACAGGAAAGAAACUUACCCAAAGAGCCUCUUGUACACAUCCCCCGCCUGAAAGAAAAACACAAGGACAGCCUCCUUGAAGUUAGUCAAGAAGAUGCUUUCCAGACCAUCAAAGAAAGGGCUAUGGAACUGGCCGCAAAUGAAUGCAACAUAACUGUUAAGGAAAGGAACCUAAAGAAGGAAAGAGAAUCAGCCUUGAGACCUUACUAUCAGGCUUAUCAGCACGGAAGCAAGAAUUUUAUGGCCGAAGAGGAGUAUAAUGCUGCCGCGAAGAGCGAAAAAUGCAGCGCAUGCGUUCUGAAUACUCUGUGCAACGAGACAGCAAUUCGGCAACUGUUGAAUAUUGACCCCAGCCUCUCUGAGUGAGUAUAACAUAUUUACAUUUACAUACAAUUUAGAUUUACUAAUUUUAACUUGCGUGUACAUUAAGGAGAACUGAUUAGUAGUUUGGUAGUGUAAAUGUCAAACCCUACAUGUCAUGGUACACACGUAAUUGAAGAGGUAAGAAGAGACAAAAUAAUUACACAUAAAAUCGUGUAAUGAGAAGAAAGGAACAUUGAAAUGAGUUGAUUUAUUCUAAAAUUCCAUAAAUCUAAGAAUGAAAUUUAUAUGCCUAUUCAACCACAUGCAGCCCAACUUUUAUUCAUAACUACAGUCGACUCCCGAUAACUCGAACCUUCAAGGGAAAUCGAAAAAAGGUUCGAGUUAUCGGGAGUUCGAAGAAAAUAGCCGAGAGUAAGGCAAACUUAAAGUUUAAACUGCACAGUGAACAUUUUAAUCACAUUUAAUUGUAGAAAAGUCGAGUGAAAAUUAAAGAUACUUCUAGAUUAUAAAUCAGAACGUAAAGUAACAAAACAUAGCCUAAAUAGAGCAUGCGUUUUACUGUUUUGAGAAUUAAAAGAAAAGCUGCUUCACGUUAGCCUGUGACAAUCAACAUCAGCCUCCACUAGUAAAAUAUACUCCUACAACACGUCAAUAGGAAAUCCAAAAUUCAAUGUUUUGGACGCCAGUAGACGGCUUUUUUCCCGACUCUUUAAGGGUUCAAAACAUGGUUCGAGUUAUCGAGGGUAAAAUUAUGUAGAAAAUGACCUGAGGGGAAACGAAAAUUGGUUCGAGUUAGCGGGAGUUCGAGUUAUCCAGGGUUCGAGUUACCGAGGGUAAAAUUACACUAAAUGUAUGACGGAAAUCCAGGGGAAAUCGAUUUUGGUUCGAGUUAGCGCAAGGUUCGAGUUAGCGAGGGUUCGAGUUAUCGGGAGUCGACUGUACGAGUGGUCUUAUAUUGCGUAAUCCUCCAAAUGAGCGUGGCCUAAUGGGAAUUUAGGUAAAAAUCCAGGAAGAUAAAUAAUCGCUGGAAUUCUCAAUAAAAAACACCUUACCAUUCCAGACGCAAAUUGAGUAAACUUUCCUACUAAUCGGUUGAAUAGACGUACAAGUUUCAUUCCUAUUUAGGUCAUUUUAGAAUACCCAAGUCAACCCCAGAGGGGGGAGGGGGUACUCCGGUGACGGGGGCUAACGAAUGGGAGCAAAACUCAAAACUCAAACAAUCCCUAGGGCUUCCAACAAAACCCCAGAAAACAUGGACCAAACAUUAACCCCCCAAAAAAUCCUAUGGUAAAAUUCCGAGCCUUAACUGAAGUUCCAGAUGCAAUGAAAUGAAUUAUAGAUGACAUUACAGCUGCCCCCGCUCUGUAUAUUGUUGGUCAAUAGUAUUAUUGUUCGUUGUGUAGCUCUUUCAAAUAUAUCGAUUCAUAAAGAAAAUUUUCACACAUAUUCCAUGCAAUAGGUGAGAUAAAAACAGGAAACGCAAGGUUCCCUGCUCUUAUUCACUUCGAUUUACACAGCUUUGAUCCAAACAUUCUCAGUUUCGAGAACAGUUUAUUCUAAACCAUAAGAAAAAAAUUAAUUAGAAGUUGCAAUUUUUCGCUAUUUGUCUUUCACUCUUUACAUAAAGUUCAUUUUAUUUGCCGGAAUGUAAGCCUUAGAAAUUCAAAGGUUUGAUCAAUUUACGCUCGCGCGUUUAAGUCUUUUUUUAAAUUUCAUAGGACAUCUGUCAUGAGCAUGGAAUAAGUCAGCACAGAAUUUGGUUGUCGGCGAAUUUCUGUAAUCGUCCAUCGCUCUACUAGUGAUAAGCUAUUAGUCAUUCACUCUUCUUGCUUGUUUGUGCACUGGGUCUUAUUCCCUCAAAGAGAGAGAAAGAGUGUCUGGCAAAUUGUUUCCAAUCAAAGAUUUGUGAACUCGUGUCAGGCAAACUCUCCAAGUGUUUAUAUAUACACAGUUAUACGCACCUUAUAACUUCAACUGCGCUUAACGAGUGUCUUUUGGUCCAUAACUUUCAAAACAGCUGCUCCACAGAAUGUCACUGAUAACACGUAACGCAAAAGAGUAUUGAAGUAUGACUGUACAAUAAAUGUCACAGAAUCUACCUAACCGGUCCAUUCGGAAUUUUCUGUUUUACGUCAUCCUAACCAUCUCUUUAAUACUUGCGGGCGCGAACAACAGAAACGUCAUCAUUACCAAACGAGUCCAUGCGGCCCCUGUUCAAGCAAAUAGAGAUUUUUUCUGACAUAGUGACUGCAUAUUUCAACCGUGAAAGUGCUUUUCUUAAUAUACGCGCGAGCUACUAGAGUACCUCCUCGAGAUCUCCCCUUCUGGGCGAAAACCCUUCGGGAGCAAUAAUAAAACGGCCGGAAAACAAGUUUGGUUGUACUUUAUUGCCAGAACUACGCGGCCGAGAUACGGGGCACUACCACGACUCUUUAUAUUGUUUUAAAUACCCCAAAAAAAUCACUACCGUGACUUAAAUCAAGCCACCAAAAAAAUACUUGCAAUUGCCAAAUUUUCCUACCCCAAAAAAUCCCGGAAUGGAAAAUUUCAAACCCAAAAAAAUCCUUCGAUCAUCUCCCUCACUUGAAAUCCGUAGUACCCCCAGGGGAAGUCAACUCAUUGCAAUGGGCUUUUCUUUUCAUAACACGAUGUUACUUUCCCUACUUUCGAAGAGGUAAUUUCUUUCCUCUUCACAAUUAUAGGACAUAUUCUGAGAGCUUCGACUGCCUGUGACAAUCACCGCUACUUUCGAGCUUAAGCAAAGACCUUUUUUUUGGCCAAGAAACUUUUUGUACUCCUAGAUGCUUCUAAACGUGUAUUGCAAAGUGUUUUUACUCUUAUUCAGACUUAUAACCUGGGCAAAACCACUGCCCAAGAAUGCAAAACGUCCACUUCCGGUUGACGGGCGACUUGCUCAAAAACGCCUUUGCUUAAGCUCACUAUUGUUUGUUAUUUUGUUACAAGAGCAUGGACCAGAAAUGAGAUGGUAGAUAGCCAACUACGGCUAAACAAAAGUUUAAUUAGGGUUACUAUUACAAGCGCGAGUGGAAGACUGUAAAUAAUAAAUUACUUUUCUAAAAAUAAUAACAGGCUGCACUGUUUAAGCACACAUAUCGCACGCUUAUCAAAUUUAUGAGAAAAGAAAAGUUGACUCGGCUGGAAAGGUGGGCCGUCUAGCUAGCUGGGUCGCCCUUUUUCGAUGUCAAGGUCACCCCCCUAGCCAGUACAACUUCUCUCCAUAUAAACACUUUGGCUCGCCCAGCGAAGUCAACUAGGCCAAUGUGAUGCGCAGGCGCUGUUGUCAGUUGGAGGCUCGAGUAAAGAGGUGAACUUCAAACGCUUUUUAAAGUUGAUUCAGUUGGGAGGGUGGCUCCUCUCGGCGUUAACCGAGGCAUUACAAUACUGCUAAGGAGUGCACAAAAGUCGAAGCGCACCAAGAUUCCCAUCGCUGUUGGAUAACUAAUUUCUAGUUCUAUAAAAUUAAAACAGAUUAAGACCAGUGCUAAACAGGUCUCUUUCUAUAACUUCCUAAUAUUAUUAUCUUCUAACAGGAGCGCACAAGUUAGAAGAUGUAAAAGAAUCAUCCUCCGGCGAGCAAUGAGAAUUUUUCCUAAAGAAGCGGAAUCCAUAGAAUGUGAUAAGGACGCUAAAUAUCGCACAAUCAAUGGAACCUGCAACAACCUAAAAAACCCAGAAUUUGGAUCAAUCAACACAAAAUUUGAACGACUUAUCCCAGCCGAUUAUGGCGAUUGCAUCUCAACCCUUCGAGAAUCAGUGACUGGUCACCCGCUUCCAAACACCAGAGAAGUAAGUUUCAAAGUUCACGGCAGCAACGCAGACCGCUUAAAUCCUAAUUCUAGAGUACUGUCCCAUCUGGCCAUGAACUUUGGACAGUUCAUGGACCACGACCUGUCGCUAGUGGAGGCACAGGGGGUUAACUGUGAGCCACCCGAGGACGAGGAAGAACCUGAAUGUAUCAACAUUCAUAUUCCCGAAGAAGAUAACAUUUUCCGUGACAGAGAUAUUACAUUUAUUGAAAUGGAGAGAGAGGCUUUCAUCGAACCAGAUUCUUUUUGUCAACUAAGAGUUCGAGAGCAUCCGAACACAAUAACCGCCUAUAUUGACGCAUCUAACGUGUAUGGAUCAACUGAUGAGAUUGCUGAAUCACUUCGUGCUGCAGACGGCCUCCUAGAGGUCCUGAAGCAUCCACAUGGCUGCCAAUUCAAAAACUUACUGCCUGCUCAAGUCGACGGUUUCUGCCCAACAAGAAAUUUUUUUGAACCAUGUUUUUUCAGCGGAGACAUACGAAACAAUGAGAACCCUGGUAAGAUAGGCGGGGGCAUCCACAUAAAUUCACCUCUAAGAGGUCCCUGGGUAUCAGAGACUUUUCUUGCCCGGAUUCCGCUUUCGGGCUUCGCCGCUCGUGGCUUCGGCUUUCCACCGAAGACGUGUCGGCCUGCCGCCGACCCCGAGACUUCUCCGCUGCCCUUGAUCAUCGUGCGCAAGAAAAAACCUCUGAUACCCAGGGUAUCCUCAUGUCAUGAAACACUUUUCCUUUAAUUCCUUUCCCGAAAAAAAAAAAGAAGCAGAAAGAAAGACAGACAAAAACUCGAGAGAUGAGUAAUUUUCUCCUGCAAUAUUUCGUACCUCCAGUGACGCAAUGUUACACUAUUAAAACAGGACGAAGAACCCUACUUUAGAAUCUAUUUAUCACCCAUUUCACAUAAGCCUCCUUUGAGGAAAACAACAGGGAAAUCAGAGAUUAAUUCAUCUCCCUCGAUCAAACUGUUUAAGAGCGAUAGGACUAAGUUUAGGUUGAUAUUUAAAGUACGCUUUGCAUGCAUACGUACAUUUCCAAUAUAUCUCCAAUCCAGCAAGUUCCGUUUUUUGGAGGGUAAUGAAGCUCCUGCAACCUGAAAUGCUGCUGCAUGGAAACAAAAAAUUGAUCUUUCCUAUAUAAGAUACUAUUACUAAUUAUACAAGUCAUUCUCAGUACAGUACAGCAAACAUGUGCAGAAAUUAAGACCAAGUCCUAAGGUACUUUAAUCAGUACCUGAAGAAAAAUUAAUUGAUAUUUCUAAACCUACAGGUCUAAAUUCGGUCCAUACUAUAUUCGUGCGUGAACACAACCGAAUCGCAACAUUUUUCAUAAAGAAUACAGACUGGGACGCCGAAAAAGUUUAUCAAGAAACCAGAAGAAUUGUCGGAGCACAGCUACAAAUCAUAACAUUCGGCGAGUUCCUGCCAUUACUUUUGAGUGAGCACACGGUAGGUCUCUACAAAGCUGCACCCUACCUUUUUAGCAUGUCUCCAGAUUUCAGGCAACGGGGAUGAUCGUAUGGGGGCAACAAUCAAAACACAUAAAAUCCCUGGACCACAAGCUAACCCCCAAAAUUCCCAUGCCUAAUUUCCGAGCCUAAUAGGCCAUUUUACAGUUGUGGGCUUGGUGCCCUAGCCUUUGAGUGAACGUGAGGUUGGGGUUGACCUUGUUUUGAUACAAACCUCAUUCCUUUUCUAAUGGAAAUUUUGCUUAAAAAUACUAGUUAGCAUAACAACAACAAGUUUUGCAUAAUAAAGCAAGAAGGGUUGUAUCAAAACAAGGUCAACCCCAGCCUCGUUUGCAACUGUAACUGUAAAAAGGGCUAUUACGUAUAACCCUGAAUUUGAGCAAGAAGUUAAUUUUUUCAGUUCGGGUGUUGUCUGAGUGGUCGAAUAUGAAACUGAAGAAAGAGAGAAGAAACUUAUAUCCAGUUGGAAUUAACAAAAGUGGUCAGCGAAGCGGUCGCUUACGAGAAUGGUCUCAAGUAGAGAGUUGACAUGUGGGAAGAAACGGAAAUUUUUCGUUGAGGAGAGGAAAUAAACGGAGACAAGCAAACUGCAAUCAAGCCAAGUGCUCGUGAACUUUCUCUAAUACUGAAACAAGAGAUCCGAACUCGUUACUCAAAAAAGCCGCUAUAAAAACAGUAAAUUCGCCACGUAACCUCAAAAGAAGGGAACCUCUAACCAUACUAUACUCGAUAAGAAAUUUGGUAUUUAAAACUUAAAAAAUCUACCCACAUCUCUUUAAGAGGCUCCUUGCCGGGUUUGGGGCGCGGUAUUCUGUGCCAGAGGUCCUGAAUUAAAUUCCCAGGGCUGAGCUCAGUUCUUCGUUUGCACCUCUUUCUCUUUCCUUGUAGCUUUGUGAAAGCUUUGUCACGAAAUUUAUUACAAUUAAAACGGUGGGAACUGCCACCAAAUGGGGUUAAAAAUUAAAAUAACCAAUCAAAAUAUUAAAAGAGGGCAUAAACAUAGUCAAUACACUUGAAGAAGAUUGAAACGGAUGACAAUUGCGGUUUUUAAAACUUGUUAGUUUAACAGUUUUUCAUGUUAUUCAGUACAUCCAAGUUCACUUUUAGUUGUUUGUAACGUUUGAUAUAGUUUGAUUUAAUGCUUAAAAGACAUAUUUAAUUGCUUGACUCGAAGCCCUGACUUUGUCAUUCACAAGUAAUUUCUUAAGUUCGAAGACGCGUAAUUGGCAUUCAUUAUGAAGCAAUGACGGAGAGAGAAAGGUAAAUAAGUGCACCGCAGGACUCAGGAUUGUAAGCCAGAUGAUGAUUAUUUCGAGCUACUAAACCUAAAAUAAAGACGAAUUUUUCGACCAUUUACCUUUAACUUCUUACAGAAUACUCUCCUUCUUUACAUUUGUAUUUAGCUCUACGCGUGAUUAUGCAUAAAACGCAAACAAUAAGUUAUAUUGCAUCCGUUUACAUAACAAAAAAGGUUUAUUUUAUGUUUGUUUACUUUCACCACUAUUUAGAGAAAAGAACGCGGUCUUGUACUUAGCUUCUUGAGGGAGAGGAGUAUUUCACAGGCUAUGACAAAGAGGUCAAUGCGCAAAUAUUAACAGCCUUUGCCGUAGCUGGAUAUCGAUUUGGCCACAGUUUGGUUCAAGAGCUUUUCAAUCGAUUCUCUCAAGAUGGCUUUGAACACAAAUGCAGCAAAUGUAGCAAAGACAAAUUACAAUUCCAGCCAAUCCCAGUACUGGACUUCAAUAACCCAGCACCCUUGUACGCUGUAUGUAAAGGAGGUGUCGACGCCAUUUUGAGGGGCUUACUUAAAGAUCCUGCAGCGAAAGCUGACGGGUGAGUGAAGUUAUCGGAUGCACGUACACGCAGUCCUUUUGAUUUGCUUAAUGUGCUUGUUUAGGAGAAAAGUUCAGUGUUGCUUUUAGGGUAUGCAUAGUUGUGAGCCUGAUAGAUUUAAGACCGAUUCGCGCGGACUCAAGAAACUUUGCAAGAGAUAAUUUAGAGUCAGUUCGAAGGAUCCGAGCUCACGCUUGACGGGCUAGGGGAGGUUUUAUUAUAGCCAAAUUCAAUUCAAGGAAUUAUACUGCGUUCUUUCUGUACCUUGAAGACCCUUGAAAAGCUUUCACUUUGAUUAUGGUAAUCAAGUGGUUACAACAUACUCUGCAUAGGCGAUGAAUAGAUGCAAUCGGCGCCAUUAUUAUACACUCUACUCACUACCCGUCUUCUCUUUGGGUAAGAGCCUAUAGUUAGGAAAUCACCCAAUUCAUUGCAACCCACAGAGGGUCACUGAACUAUAGGUUGCGCGCGCAAUGCACUAUAUUUAAUGCUCCCUUCUUCUAUCUUACUUACUGAUUAAUUUUGUUUGUUUGUUUUGUCGUACAGGCGUUUUUCAAGUUCAGUCCAAGAAAACCUAAGUCGCGGUGAAGGUGAUACGUCUGACUUAAUCGCUAUUAACCUUAGAAGAGGGCAUGAUCGUGGACUGCCUAGCUACACCAGUUUUCGCCGCUUUUGUGGCCUUCCACUUGUUAGAAGGUUCUCUGACUUGGUAACGGUUGCCAAUUUUGACGAAAAGGUCGUUGCAAGAUUGCAAGAAGUUUACAAGAGAGUUGGAGAUAUAGACUUGUUCUCCGCAGGUAAGUCUGGAGUAACGAUCGCAUUCUUCCCAUAAUCAUAACUAUAACAAAAUUCUCAAAUCUGCUUGGCUAUUAGCCUGCACCACAGACGAAACUAAACUAUGGUUAAAUUACAUCUGCGAAAACAGCUAAUUGGCUAUCAAACGUUCUGAUUUCAGCACUAAUAGGACAAUGUAAUUGGACAGUACGCGUAAUCGCGACUGCAUUUGAAUGUUUUGUUGUUUUAGACUACUUGCAGUCCGCCUUUUCUCUAAAAUCCGUCUAGUUCUUAUCUCAGCAAGCGCGAUUGCAAAGCACGACGUUAUGUUACAAUAAGGGAUUGGGACCAGACGAGAAAAGAUGGACUGCGGACUCUUUUGUAGUAAACAAACCCUCCGUCAGCCUAGAAACGGAGUAACCGAUUGCUCAACUUUACAGCUGUUGACAGAUCAUUGACUGGUCUGUGGUGGAGACACAAGCGAUAAAAAUAGUCACUCGUCACAACUUACUACGAACAAUUACGAACCUGGUGGUAAUCGCUUGUAAACUAAAACGUUUAACGAUAUCUUACUAAAGGAAACUGCUGUAAAUUUCCUCAAGGGAAAGGAAUUCAAGGUAAUUUUACCGGAUUUUAAAAAAGUAAAAUUUUUCAGUUGUUUAUGUUCUAUUUUUACUCGGGUUUAAUUGGUUAAUUAAAUUACCUUGACAGCUUCGUUGUACCCAGACAAUAAAAAGAGUCAGAGGUCUCUUAUUUUUUUCUUCUCGGGCUUACGCCCUCGUUCAUCGCGGCUCGCGGCUUCGCCGUUCGCGUGCUUGGGUUUCACGUGCAGUAACUUUGCAAAGAAAAAUAAGAGACUGUUCGCAGUCUAGUUGUUUUUUUCACUGGUAGCAAAAACUCGCGCAUUUCUUCUAUUUUAAUUAAAAAAGACUUAAAACAUCACAAAUUUCUAUAGUUAUGAUUAAUUGGUAACAGAGCUUUGUGUCGUCCUAUUCGGUGUGUAAUCAUAUAUACUCGUGAUUAAACUAACUACAUAUAGCAAAAAUCUUCGCGAAUCUGACUAGCCGUUAGGCAUCCACGAUUGGAACAUUUUUUCCAUAUUUUGAUGGGAAAGUGCAUGCAUUAUGCUUGAGUGUGAACAGGCAUGCAGUUUACAGUUGUUCUUGUUGUUUUUUGUUUUUGGCUUUUUGGCCUUUUUUUUUCUGGUCAGAUUUGGGGCUGAAAUGCAGCACAAACAAAGAAAAACUUACAACAAUUGAAUUGGACUCACUUAAUUUGUUAUUACCACUUUUGUGGUUGAAAAGUAAACUUCAUUUGCUACUUCGAUCUCUUCUCAGGAAUGCUUGAACCAAGAGAUCCUAGAGGAGGAGAACUCAGUGCAACAUUUCAGUGCAUUUUAUCACUUCAGUUCCAACGCACCAAAUUGGGAGAUCGCUUUUGGCACGAAAACGCACCAAACGCAACCUUAAACACCGACAAGACAGCAUUCAACCGUUGUCAGCUAAAAGAAAUCAGGAAAACACGCUUUUCCAGGAUAAUAUGCGAUAACAGUGAUGACAUAACCUCAAUUCAAAAAGACGCUUUGAUGCAGUCUUCGGUAAGGGUCAGUUGCGACGAAUUGCCAAAGAUAAACCUUAAAGCAUGGAUUACAGAUUGUCCGUCGAGGUAAGUGAGAGGACAGCUGUUCAUUUCUUUUAAUCAAAAUUUUCCUGUUUCUUUCUGGUUGCGUUUGUUACAGAAUAAAUAGUGAUUAGUGGGAAGAAGGUGUUUAAAAAUUUGAAAGAAAAUUCAUCUUCUUGGAUGUAUGAUUAUGUCACUUCUUGGGAAUAAAAGUUUCAAUUUCUACUUUCAUAAACAAAUGUAUCACGGCAAUGUUAAACACACCGCCCCCUAUGAUUUGUUCAUUUACUCAUUUCGAUUUUCCCAAAGUCGGUAGCCCACUAUCUUGACUUCUUAUGGUAGACAAAAACUGAGAAUAGCAAAAAUUGCCCAUAGGAAUACCGAGAUGCGAUGUUUUUUGGGGGGGUGGGAGGGGGGGCUAGGGCCGAAGGGGGGACAGGGCAGGGGGCUCUCAAAGUAGGCGAUCCUUCUUAAUCAUAUUUCACUACUGUACAGGACUCCUACUGACGCCGUCGAUAGGCAAAAGCUCGAAUUUUUUUUUCAAUAUCCUUAUGAUUAAACAAAAUGCAAAUUCUCUGGACUGUCUAAAUCACUAAAGCAUGAAUCUGAUCACAGCAAAAAAAGUUCGAUAUCACAUGCCGAUCGCCUCACGUGGUGCUAGCCAUUACAUCAAUCUCGAACAACAAGCCUUAACGUUUAGCGAGACAACCAUAGCCUGCCUAGCCGGUCGGAUUGUUAGCGCGAGCAAGGUAUUGGCAGAAGUGCAGCGAACUCGUGUGGAGAAUGGGAAGGAGACGCUUUGAAAUUUCACGGCGCAUGCCGCGAGAAUGGCGGCCACGCGCAAAAACAAUUCCGCCAGGUAGGCAAGCCAAGACAACCAAAGAAGUCGUGACCUUCACCACUUCCCUAUACCGUAUUAACUCGAUUAAACGCCGCGGUGUUUAUUACUUUAUAAUUUCAAAAUCUCAGUUCUUAUAUCACUGAUCGAACAGUUUCGAUAUAUCAUUCAUAUAUAUUACAAAACAGAAAGGCGUUCUAAGUCUCGCUUGCCUGCUGAGAUAAAAUCGUAACUGUCCGGAAGGGUCUUCUGUUUCAUUUUUUUUUCCCGGUUAAGAUAAACUCAAGAAAUUGGCCUGCUUCCAAUGAGGUCUUCAUAGCUCAGUUGGUAGAGUACCGCAGAGCUAAAGCAGAGGCCAUAGGUUCGAAUACCGUUUAAGUUCCGAAUUUUUUUCGGGUUAAUUGCAAUUACCACUGCGACGAUCAUAUCUUCAUUAAAAUGACUUUCUUUUCUUAUUAUCUUCGAAUAAACGCCCCAUUCUUCUGACUCGGCACGGCAUUUAAUCGAGUAAAUACGGUAAUCAAUGUUUGUUUGCAUCUAUUCAGGGAUACUCAAGCAACGGACCUCUCGCGAUCCAACGCUGAAGUAAGGGGAGAGGGAGGUGGGAGGGAGGAGUCAUUUUCCUAAUAUUUAAGUUAUAAUUUCACAAGAGCAGGAAAUGUAAAUUUUAAAAUAGGAUACUCUCUCAAAAGCGUUUUCGCAACCGUUGAUGUAUCUGUGUUCUUUUUUUUCUUCUGCACAGUGACUCUGUGUACAGCGACGAGCCUGAGGACACGCAUGAUGAGUUUUAAAUGAAGAAAGCAGAAUCACUCGCUCAUCAUAUGGCUUUCAAUUAGACUGCAUUUAGGUUAGAAGAAACAUAUAUGUAUACCAUUAUUUUGCACACAAAGUCAUGACACCCUUCUUGAGCGAAUUGUAAUUAUAUUUUCGAGUUUUUCUUUUCUUUCGAUCGGUGAGACUUGACGUUUGAUUUUUACACUGAAAGGGGCUGUGACGUCAUGGCUAUCUAGUUCUUAUUGUUUUCGCUAUAGAUCUUGGAAAUUUUACUUGUAAAUUACACAAAUACCGAAAGCUUCGUGUCAAACAACUGUUAGGAAACAUGUUUUUCAAAACCUACGAUUGCAAUCCGUUUCAAUCUCCCUCAAAUUUGACCAUCCGUGCUUCCGUUUGUAUUUACUUUGUUAUUUGUACUUUCUUUUAACGUUU